UUUGCUUUUCGUUGUUUGCGGAAGGCAACGAGCGCGCGCGGGCUUCGCCUCGCUCUGCGGCUGCUGAAGGGGCGGGAAGAUGGCGCUGGAGGCUCGAGGGAUGGAGCAGGACGUGGAGGACGGCGAAAUUUUGGAGUCCGACUGUGAAAUGCCCAUCUCCGCCGCGGCGAGGAGCCCCCCUCAGAAACAACAUGAUACCUACAGCUCAGCUAGAUCAUUUCCAAACAGCAUUUCACCUUGUGCACCAAGCAUCUCUUAUCGGACAACCAAAAACCUGGACUCAAGUGAUGAGAGUUUCUCAGAUUCAGAUGAAGAUAACUGUCUGUGGAAGCGAAAGCGACAGAAAUGUUCUAACCUUCCUCUGCCUAAACCAGAACCUUUCCAGUUUGGCCCAAAUCCUCCAAAACAGAUAACUGUAGGGGGUAAAAAGAUCAACAACAUCUGGUGUACAGUACUUCAGGAUCAGAAUCAAGAUGAAGUUGCCUCAGAACUUGGGAUUCUGGGGAUGGAAGGAAGCAUUGACAGAAGUCGGGCAUCAGAGACUUACAACUACUUGUUAGCAAAAAAGAUGCGGGAUCAAUCUAAUACAGAAGUAGUUGAGUUGUUAGACAAGGAAUUGGAUGACUAUAUGCAGAGUGGCAAAAAGACAUCAAAGGAGGAGGAAGAAGAAGAGGAAAAUGGACAAGGUCACUUGAAACGGAAACGCCCUAUAAAGGACAGAUUGGAUAAAAGACAAGAAAUGAUUUAUAAAGGGAGAUAUGAAAUUACUGAAGAUGAUCCUGAGGAAAAAGUGGCAGAUGAAAUUGCCUACCGGCUUUGUGAACCAAAGAAGGAUCUGAUUAUACGGGUAGUAAAAAUCAUUGGAAAGAAAAAAUCUAUUGAACUAUUAAUGGAAACUGCUGAAGUGGAACAAAAUGGAGGCCUUCUCAUAAUAAAUGGAAGUAGAAGAAGAACACCAGGAGGAGUCUAUUUAAACUUGCUGAAAAACACUCCUAGCAUAACUGGAGAACAAAUCAAGGAAAUAUUCUAUACUGAAAACCAAAAGGAGUAUGAGAACAAAAAAGCUGCAAAGAAGAGGAGAAUUCAAGUCCUGGGGAAAAAGAUGAAGAAAGCUAUUAAAGGGCUUAACCUUCAAGAAUAUGAUGAUGCCUCUCGAGAGACUUUUGCUAGUGAUACAAAUGAAGCUCUCGCUUCUCUGGAUGACUUACAGGAAGGACACGGUGAAAUGAAAUUGGAUCCAGAAGAUGCUAUUGAUAUAGAUAACACUCAUGAUUUAGAUAUCUUUUAAUGUACUGGAUACUUGAGAGUCCAUAAUCUUUGUGAGAUUCAUUAAAUUGCAGGUUUUAUAUUAUGACUAUAUCUUGUUUUCAUUAGUUGCAAUAGUAUAUACUAUGUGGAUCCGUGGUGUGCUGAAGACAGCCUUUUCAAUUUCAUACUUAAUAUAAUAUUUAAGCUUUCAGUUUGCUUCAGAUCAUGAAUUUUUCAGAUCUCUACCCUUUGUUUCUGUCCUCACACCUAGUUAGGCUGUGUUCACUCACCCCAGCAUUUGUUUUAUACAAGAAUAAAACUGCGUAUUCUCAUUCCA